AUGGCUUUCAACUUCAACUGGUCGCCUUUAACGGCGGACGCUGAGUUCUACUCGCGCGCACGCGACCUGCUCACAAAGGCCCUAAACAAAUCGCCCAAGCCGCCCAUUAUUGUCGAUGACAUCCUCGUCAGCGAAUUCAAUCUCGGCACCGUCCCACCAGACCUCGAAAUCCUGGAAAUCGGAGACCUGGCAGAAGAUCGAUUUCGAGGCAUUUUCAAAAUGUGCUAUUCCGGAGACGCCUACUUGACGCUGAAGACGCGGGUUCAGGCCAAUCCCCUCAACACCUAUCUCUCCUCCAAGCCGGAGUUUACCUCCCCGCAGCCACUGGCCGCAGCCUCGGGCCUCACGAUCCCCCUCUCCAUUACUCUGUCCGAAAUCAAGCUGUCGGCGUUUAUCAUCCUGGUCUUCUCGAAACAAAAAGGAUUAACCCUGGUGUUUCGCAAUGACCCACUCGAGUCUCUCAAGGUCUCUUCGACCUUUGAUUCGAUCCAGUUCGUGCGGGACUACCUGCAACGGACCAUUGAGCAGCAGCUGCGGAACCUGAUGAUGGAUGAGCUGCCAGCCAUCAUUCAUCGACUGUCUCUGCAAUUGUGGUGUCCGGAUCAGGCCAAUAAGGGCGUGGAAACCCCCAAAGAGGAGACGGACGAGGAGGGGGUCAAUCCGCUUUCAAGCCCACCUUUGGACCCUGUCGAUGCCAAUGGCAACGUGCUGGACCCAAGUGCCAUUUCAGAAAUCUCUCUGAAUGGCGGGGGCGAGACACAGUCUCUAUUUUCCCAGAAGAAUCUGCUACGCCUCGCCGCGCUGACAGAUUCGCACCGGACCUUGUCUCUAUUCACACCUGGCAUACGAGACGUUGUAUUUCGAGCUUGGUCAGGCUGCGCCGACCGUGCUGAUCCUGCUACGCCAUCUAUUUCAUCACCUAACCGAGUCCGGACGAAUUCACAUGCUGGCGGCACGAGUACCACCUACACGUUCUCCGAUACGGCAAGUACCCUACAGGGCUCUGUAUCGUCACGGCCUUCUUUUGCAAGCGCCAAUUCGUCUACGGGCUUAGGUGUCGGCAGCAAUGUCCGAUCAAGGACGGGCCGCAAAAAGAAGAACCGAGUGGUCAAUCUCCGGAAGACCAAAUCUGAGGCGGUCACUCCAGACAGCCAGUCCGAAGCCGGAGCCAAUACACCCAAUUCCGUCAAUAUUCCUCUCUCGGAGCCCAUCAUGGAUAUACCAGAAGAGGAGGAGCUACAGCUAAAUGAUGAUCCAUUUACCAGCGACCCCUUCAACCCCCAGACGCUCAUGUCCGAUAUUGGCGACAACACGCUCACUCUAGAAGAACUCACCUCCGCCCUGAAAGAUCUGAAGAUGCUGGCCGACGCUACGGCCAACAGCCGUAAGGCGACCCCCGAGAAAGGUAGCCCUCGUGAGACACCGAGUGCCAAAGGACAGUCAUCGCCUGAUCCCCUGGACCAGGACUGGGUCAUGAAGAUGGCGAGCGAAAUCGCACGCCGUGUCUAUGACGAAAAGCGGUCUCAGCAACGGGGCAAAUGGGAUGAGUCGGAGGAGGCCCCACCUCCGGCAUACGAGGCAUCGCCGUAG